AUGGUUCAGUUUAAAACCCUCCUAGGCUCUGCAGCUGCAUUGGCCUUGUCAGCUACCGCAUCUCCUUUGCCUUUCCAAGAUGGCGCCAAAGCAGUAUAUUUCCAAACCAACAAGUCGCCCAACCAAAUAGCAGCUGUCGCUGUGCACUCAAGUGGAAAGCUCGGGAAGUACACCUUCCAUCCGACUGGGGGUAAAGGGGGUGCUGAGGUCUCCGCUACUGGACCAAAUGCGCCAGACGCCCUGGGCAGUCAACACAGUGUCGUUGUAUAUGGAGAUUACCUCUUCACCGUAAACGCGGGCUCAAACGACGUUUCCCUAUUCUCUAUCGCUUGCGAAAACCCCACAGAUCUGAAGUUGGUCGGCACAUACCCAGUCAAUGGCGGUUUCCCCAAUACUGUUGCUGUCAAGGGAGAUCAUGUCUGUGUCGGAUACGCCGGAUCACCAUCUGGUGUUAGCUGUGCCGAAUGGAGUCCCCUCGGAGUCGGCAAAUUUGACACCAUUCGGGAAUUUGACCUACACCAGUCGAACCCACCUAAUGCAUCCCUGAUCCUGGUCAGUGAUGCCGUCUUUGUGGAAGAUGAAUCUCGGUUGCUUGUCACCGCGCGAGGUUCCGCCGAGAGCCCAGGUUUCGUUGCAACAUACGAUGUCGACUGGGCUGGUCAAGUGUCUGGAAAGGGUGAAAUCUCUACACCAGCCGGUCUGAAUGCCUCCUUCGGCGCAGUUCCCAUUCCUCGUACCCAGCUUGCGUUUGUCGCCGAGCCCGAGGUGGGUGGUUAUAUUUUGGACGUGGCCAGCCCUUCGAAGCCAAUUGCGACUGUGACAGUCCCGGGACAAAAAGCCAUCUGCUGGUCUGCGCUCACGCACAAGUCGGUCACUGGUAUCUUCCCUGAUGCCGGAACAAACACUAUCACCCAGGUCGAAAUUCCUUGCGGUCGUGUCAUUCAGCAAUGGAACUCGACCAACGGCAACAGUGGACAAUUGGACUUUUCUAUUGAUGCCACCGACAAGUUCUUCGCUCUCGCUUUCAGUCCUAAGGAUAGCCAGGCGCGAGUGGCUUCCAUUAACUUGUCCGGAAACAACUUUACCGACAUUGAUAACAAGGUUAUCGCCGGAACGGACAUGAACUCCCAGGGAUUUGCUAUUUACCCUUAA